AUGGAUGAGGCCACAUUUUAUCCAGAUAACCCGAGUAGGGUGGCUCGGGUUCAGGGACUGAUGACGUCCAUCAAUAUACACCUCGAAGCUAUCGAAACUAAAGCCGAGGAUGCGAAACAGUACGAAGGAGUCAUCAAUGACAAUAUCGAAAAAGCCCUUGAAGAGCAAGGUAUGAGCUCUAUCGACGAGUUAGAGUCAUCCCUAGAAGACGAGUGGAACGAUAAGCUGCAGAGGGAAAACGAAGCAAUGCUUGAGCGGAUCGGCCAAGAAACUGCGGAUGUAGCACGUUGCAUCAGUAUUGUAAACUAUGUUGGUGUAAUUGCGGCAGGUAUUGGACUCACAGCUCAAGCUAUCGAUAUCUUCAAAUAUGGCACCGCCAUAAUGGGAAGCAAACUGAUCGGGCGUAGCUUGAUCAAAGUCGCAAAUAAAGAGUUUGCGGCAGGGAUUCGUCUCAUGAGUCGGGCUUUGGGUCUCAAAAGAUCUGUACGUGGCACAGGAAAUGGGGCAAAGGUCAUUAAAGGCAUUAAGAAGGCAGGGGGGGCAAUUGCCAUCCUCUCAGUCAUCUCAGACUCGUACCUCAGUGUCUACAAUCUCUCCCAGGGGGGUCAACAUCGACGAGAACUUCAAGAAGCAAUCAGAGACCUUUGUGUCCGGCGUUUCAGUGUCAAGUAUAUCCAAGACCUACACCAGAAGUAUCGCUUCUUUUUACAGAGCAUGUACACGACGGUCAAGUCACAGCGCGUGUUGAAGAAAAAGCUGAAGGCGGGGAAACUCACCCAAGUUGACUAUGAUGAAAAGCUAAAGGAUAUUAUUGAGGGAAUGGUGGAAGAUCUAAGAGACCAAUGCAAGAAUGUUACUUUCGGCAAAGUGUAUGGGGAGCUUGAAAAGGAAGAUGUGCGUAAUAACGCCUGGCGAAACGAGGACUUGAAGGAACAUGAGCUGAGAGAAAGCUGGGAGAGUGGAGAAAUUAAACAGUUCAUGUCCAGUGAGGCAGAUGCGAGUAUAGAGCAGGAGGGAGGGAAGGAAAUGUUGGAGGCCCAGUAUGGGGAUAGUGACGAGGACCUUGAAGUUGGAGAUGACAGCAGCGAGGAUGAUAGUGUAAGCAGUGACGACGAUGAGGAUGAUGAGGAUGACUAG